CAGGAUGAAGAACAAACGCAGCAGGUUCUUAUUACAGCAUUUUUCUUCUGUGAGCUGAGCUGAGAAGCAGAGAUCUCUCCUCGUUCUCCAGACUUCACCAUGAGACUCAGAGACUGCUGUCUUCUGCUGGGAGUCCUGCUGCUCCUCACACACACCUCACACCAGCAGAACAAUCCAAGAAAGAAACCAAACGCUAAAAAAGAUACUCAAGCCAGCGCUGCUUUGGAGGACCUACAAAAGCAGAUCAAAGACAUUGUGGUGGAACUGAAUCUUCUAAAGGAGCAGCAGGCCCUGCAGACUGUCUGUCUGAGGGGCACGAAAAUCCCUGGUAAGUGUUUUCUGGUGGACUCUGUGAAGAAGGGCUACCACACGGCCAGUGAAGACUGCAUCGCCAAGGGAGGAAUCCUCAGCACUCCGCUCUCUUCUGAUGAAAACGCGCAACUCUACGAUUACGUGCGCCAGAGCAUCGGGCCAGACGCUGAAAUCUGGCUGGGCAUCAAUGACAUGCAGACGGAGGGCGUGUGGUUGGACCAGGCCGGCUCAAAUAUUCGCUACAAGAACUGGAAGCUCCCGCAGCCCGACGGCAGCAGCGCGGAGAACUGCGCCGUACUCUCCGGCGCUUCCGGCGGGAAGUGGCUGGAUGAGAAAUGUCGCGAGGAGAGAGCGUCCGUCUGCGAGUUCAACAUCGUCUGAGAUCAUCGCGUUGGCUUGACCUUAGCUGCCCUUUUCAUUGCACAAUGCUGCUUGCAUUCUCUUUGCUCCGCAAAUUGUAUAUUUUUCUUUUGAGGAGAACAAAGAUUGUCAUUUAACUCCAUAAAAAUGUUCAGAUGCCAUAAUCAAAAACUAAACUCUGUAAUAAAAGUCAAGUCUAGUUCAUUUCUGGACAGUUUUUAUAAGAUCUAGCCAAAAACACAAACUAAACAAACACAUUAAAGAUGCAGUUCACACAAAAAUGAACAUUUACUGACCCUCAGCACAUCCAAACAUCACAAUAAUGCACAAACAAUCCACACUGGACUCCAAUCCAUCAAUUAAAGUGUUGUGAAGGGAAAAGCUGCAUGUUUGUAAGAAGCAAAUCCAUCAUUGAGGUGAUUUAACUUCACACUGUUGCUUCUGGCUAAAAAUAUAUAAUCCAUAAUAAUGGCUCCUCUUGUAAAAAAGUCAAACAACAUAUUUGUUUAGAGCUGUUUUCGACUGUUUACACUUAAAAAUAACAUACAAUGGUAUUUAAUCUGUUUAUAUUUCUCUCCUGAUUCAGACAAGAUUACUUUUUCACUAAAUAAAGCAAUAUUACGGAUAAAUUACUCUUUAUCCAUUUUAUUAUUAUUAUUAUUAUUAUUAUUAUACUUUCCAGUAGAUUUAUUGAUGGACUGGAUUGAUGUAUAUUACUUGUGGAUUAUUGUGAUGUUUUUAUCAGCUGUUUAGACUCUCAU